AUGUACGACAAUGAACGCCUUAGCAUUCGCGGAAUACCUGAAUCAGACAAAACGAGAAUAUAUAGACUGGAUCCAGGAAUUGGAGAGCAACAUAGCUAUAUCAAGCCUGGUGACCUGCCGGAUCCCCCGAAGUUUGGUGGUGGGCGGAAGUGUGAGGCAGCACUUAAUUGGCUAAGUCAAAUGGAAUCCCACUUCCGAUUGGAGCGUGAACUAGCUGGCAAGAAACCAAAUAAGUUACAACAAGUCUUCCAGGCCUCUUCCUUCUUGAAGGGCAAGGUGAAAGCCCUGUGGAUGGCAACUGAGCAGAUGAACAUGGAAACUCCAGACAAACACUCUCUGCCGGAGACAUGGAAUGACUUUUCAAGAUGGAUUCUCAUGAAUUUUGAGGAAAUGGACGCUAGGCUUGGUAUAUUCACAGUUCGACUGAAUGGAGAUGCUCUCGCGAAGUUUCAACCAUGGAUAGACACCUGCAUUGAGGAACAGCGUACGCCGGAGAAUGUAUUUCACCAACUUGACGUACUUUUUCUAGACCCUACACACCAAGCCAAAGCACUAGAUUGGCUAAAUAGAAAUCGACAAAAGAACACUGCCCUUGCGAACUACCUCCCAGAGUUUGAUCGUAAUCUUUUGGAAGCUGGAGGACAGAAUUGGGAUAUCAUUCAGAUCAACAUGCUGAGCAGGAACCUGAAUUUUGAACUGCUGAAUCAAAGUGUAGGUCGUCAGAAACUCACCACCUACAGUGAGUACUGCGCCAAUCUUCGUCAACUGGAGAAUGAUCUUGCCCAAUUUUGUACGGUCCAAGGCUGCUGUAAUCAAACUGUUCCGUUCUCUCCACCACCCACGACGACCGCACCCGACCCAAUGGACUGGGCUCCUCAUGUUAGCGCUGGCCGCCCAAGGAUUUCAAACAUCUCAAGAAAAGAUGUGACCGACCGGAUCACAUGA